CAAGUGACCACCGUCGCGCGGCCGCUUCACUUCGCCGGCCAGCAUGCGUCUCGAUCGAGAUCAGCAUGACAUUGAUAUCAUGGAUUAAAUGACAAUGUGAACCAAGCUACAGCUAGGGUGUCUGCAUGUCACCUGUCGCUGCCCAAUCCGAGCAGCUCAAUUGGGGCGGGCGAAAUGAACGCUGUUGGUUUUGUCCCAUCACGCUAAGCCGUCAAAUUGCCUUGUUGAAACAGGCACUCUGAAAAGAGCUGCACACAACACGCUGCAUAGAUUCCCACUUUGUUGAAGAACAAGCUGCUCUCGUGGAGUUGGACCAUGAACGUGAAGCAAGCCCGUAUAAUCCUCGGCUUUCGUCAGCUGUUUUGCCACAGGUCAGCUGGUGCAACAUCGAUUGCUAGUCAGACGAGUGGUGCACGUUACAGGUCAAGCUGCGUCGUGCCAUCAAACAUCCAGGACGUGCACAGCACCCUGCACAGCCGGUGUGGUAGUGGGGGGGGCGGGGCUGGCAAGAGGGACUUGAUUGGCCGCUUUACUCAACGAACAUUUCACCUCACACCAACUUGUCAAAUGGCGCUAGACAGUGGGUCCAGCAAUUCUGUUCCAAAGCUGAAGGACCCAAGCCUCUUGAAAGACCUUGGCUUGAUUGGGGGCAAAUGGGUGGGAGCGCAUGAUGGCAAAACAAUGCCGGUGCACAACCCCGCCACUGGGGAGGUGGUGGCGGAGGUGCCGCUCAUGGGCGCCCAGGAGACCGCCGAGGCUAUUGCAGCUGCAGACGAAGCAUUCCAGACCUGGAGCAAAACCACCGCCAAGCACCGCAGCCAGCUGCUGAAGAAAUGGUACGACCUGAUGCUGGCAAACAAGGAGGACCUGGCGGUGCUCAUGACAGUGGAGCAAGGGAAGCCGCUGGCAGAGGCACGCGGCGAGAUAGAGUACGGUGCUUCGUUUGUGGAGUGGUUUGCAGAGGAAGCAAAGCGCAUGUACGGGGAUGUCAUCCCUGCCGCACGCCCCGACAACCGCAUCCUGGUGCUCAAGCAGCCGGUGGGCGUGAUUGCGGCGAUAACACCCUGGAAUUUCCCAGUGGCCAUGGCGACCAGAAAGCUCGCCCCCGCUCUAGCGGCUGGCUGCACGGCGGUGCUGAAGCCUGCGGAGCUGACUCCGCUGUCGGCGACGGCGGUGGCAGAGCUGGCGCUGCGGGCGGGCAUCCCGGCGGGGGUGAUCAACAUCGUCAUGGGGGACGCCAAGAGUAUCGGGGAGACGCUGCUCAAGAGCAAAGAGGUACGCAAGCUGACGUUCACGGGGUCCACCGCUGUGGGCAAGCUGCUCAUGAAGGGGGCCGCCGACACCGUCAAGAAGAUCUCGCUGGAGCUGGGCGGCAACGCGCCCUUCAUCGUGUUCGACGACGCGGACGUGGCGCUCGCCGCCAAGGGCGCUCUGACCACCAAGUACCGCAACAUGGGCCAGACCUGCGUAUGUGCCAACCGGCUGCUCGUGCAGGAAGGCGUGUACGACGAGUUCGCUGCCGCGUUCGCCGCGGAGGUGGCGGCGCUGCGGGUGGGCAACGGGCUGGAGGCGGGCGUGACGCAGGGCCCGCUCAUCGACGAGCGCGCGGUGCAGAAGAUCGAGGGCCACGUGGAGGAGGCGCUGGCCAAAGGCGCGCGGCUGGCCGCGGGGGGCAAGCGGCACGCGGCGGGGCCGCUCUUCUACGAGCCGACCAUCCUGCUGGACGCCACGCCCGACAUGCUCGCCACCAGGGAGGAAAACUUUGGGCCGGUGGCGCCCAUCAUGAAGUUCAAAACAGAGGAGGAGGCAAUCCGGAUAGCAAAUGACACUGAGUACGGCCUGGCGGCCUACUUCUACACGGGCAGCCUGACGCGCGGUUGGCGCGUGGCGGAGGCGCUGCAGUACGGCAUGGUGGGCCUCAACGAGAGCAACAUCUCCACGGAGGCCGCGCCCUUCGGCGGCAUCAAGCAGUCGGGCCUCGGCCGGGAGGGCUCCAAGUACGGCAUCGACGAGUACCUCGAGAUGAAGUACGUGAUGCUGGGCAACAUCAGGACGUGAGGACAGAUCGGGUCUGCACGAGAAACACGAGGAGGCAACAGCCCGUUGGUGCGGACAGCGGGAAUCGUAUGCCGUGGAGGCUGCUCAAUGAAAGCUGGUGCACGCAAAGGACGACGGUUCCGAGGUCGAUCCGCCAGGACGGACACAAACGACCGUUGUGGACAGCGUGUUGCGAUGAGCAAUCUGCACAGACGCAGAAGGAUCACAAGGGUGCAGUGUGCAUGUACAGGGCAAUGAGGCCCCUGUCCAUGUCGAUGAUGGUAAGUACACAUUGGUUCCCAGAUCUGCUUACAGAAGCUCAUGAGCAUCACGAUAGCUUCUCUGAGACAACCCCUUGCUCGCUAGCAGCAUGUUGAUGCUGACUCGUAAGAAAUGACGUUGGCUGGAUGCUGCCAUGUGAAACUUCGGAAUCAGAAUUAUCAGAGU